AUGAUCAUGCAGACAAUGGACCCCGGACUAGGCCAGCUCAUUAGGACCAUAAAUCAACCUCUUUAUCUGACUCAACAUCCGAAUAUUUCUUCACAAUCGUCUACUUCUCACCCUGUCAGUUCAACCCGAAUUGAGCGCUCCUCCAAUCCUUUGAAUUGUUCAAGAUCAUGUCUAUCUGCUGAUAGGGCUGAUAACGCGGAUCCUUCCAAGUCCAAUAAUUCUUCUUUAGGGCUUCUUGUAUCUCUGCCAUUGCCUAACAGUCCUGCCGUAUCCCCAAUGUGGCCUUUCGAGCGGCCCACUGAAAAUCUGCCUUCCAGAACCAGGUCAACUUCUCAUUCGAGUACUUCCUCUGAUGCUUCGUUAGCCCCCAUAUCUAAAUCUACAAACGAAAGGGCUAAUAGCCACAAUAACGAAAGUUGCUUUAUUGCCUCAACUAUCACGGAUAAUUCGGCCCCUCAUUCCUCUCAGCUCAGCAUUCCUAGGGUCAACCACCUUAGUAGUGACAGCAGCAUACUCGAUUACAGAAUCGGUGGCUCUUUAAGUGGUGAUUCUUCUAGCCUUGCUGCAGUAUCAUCAGCUGUAUUUGCAGUGGAAGAGGCCAGAGUUGAGCCCAUAGACAUCGCCAUAACAACGAAACCAGGCACAAUUCCUCAAUCAUCAACGGUGGCGAUGACGAGGGCGAGUGGGGAUACCCUGCCGAAAGUUCUACAGCCAGAUUGCGAGUAUCCGAUCACCAUUUCGGUAAGAGUGGUUGUAUUUGUCCCUAACUUGAAUUUUUCGGCUAAGGAAAGGGGUAAUUUAAAAUAUCUACACUCAUAG